UGCGGAGCUCCGGCGGGGAGCUGAGCGGCGGGCAUCAUGAAUAACCCUAUACCUUCCAAUCUGAAGUCAGAAGCAAAGAAGGCAGCCAAAAUAUUAAGAGAAUUCACAGAAAUUACUUCCAGAAAUGGACCUGAUAAGAUCAUUCCUGCCCAUGUGAUUGCAAAGGCAAAAGGCCUCGCAGUUUUGUCUGUGAUUAAAGCUGGGUUUCUGGUGACAGCCAGGGGAGGCAGUGGAAUUGUCCUGGCACGUCUUCCAGAUGGAAAAUGGUCUGCACCUUCAGCCAUUGGGAUAGCUGGGCUUGGUGGAGGAUUUGAAAUCGGAAUAGAGGUAUCAGAUUUGGUGAUAAUUUUGAAUUAUGAUCGAGCAGUAGAAGCCUUUGCAAAGGGUGGAAACCUGACACUUGGCGGGAAUUUUACUGUAGCAGUUGGGCCCUUGGGCAGGAAUCUGGAAGGAAACGUUGCACUGAGGAGCUCUGCAGCUGUCUUCACCUACUGCAAAUCUCGAGGACUCUUUGCUGGCAUUUCCCUGGAAGGGAGCUGUUUGAUUGAAAGGAAGGAAACUAAUCGGAAAUUUUACUGUCAAGACCUCCGAGCUUAUGACAUUUUAUUUGGAGAUGUGCCGCGGCCUGCUCAAGCAGAAGAUCUUUAUGAAAUUCUUGAUUCCUUUACUGAAAAAUAUGAAAAUGAAGGACAACGCAUCAAUGCAAGGAGAGCAGCACGGGAGCAGAGGAAGGCUAAAGAAUUACCUCCAAAACCAUCAUCAAGACCACAGCAAUCACCAGCACCUAUGCAACUAAAUGCUGACUCCCAGAGUAAUGGAAAUGAAUAUAAGCUAUAUCCUGAGCUUUCUAGCUAUCAUGAAAGAGCUGGUGGUUCAAAUCAGCCAGUAGAAGUGACAGCACUGUACUCUUUUGAAGGGCAACAGCCAGGGGACCUGAAGUUUCAAGCUGGAGACAGAAUCACAGUUAUAUCAAAGACUGAUUCACAUUUUGACUGGUGGGAAGGAAAACUUCGAGGUCAAACUGGAAUUUUUCCAGCCAAUUAUGUAACCAUGAAUUAAAGUUUAUGUUAUUUUGUUAUUUAAUGAUUACACAAAAAUAUUUCCAUACUGGUAAGAUUCGCUAUCUAGUUAAACAUUAACAUGUUUAGACAUGACCCUGCUCUGCAAACUUUUUAUCCAGUUAUAAAAGAUUUUUCUCUGCAUAUAAAUGGUUACCAUAACAUGCUUUUAAGCACUUUGUAUUAAUUUCAACACUAACUAUUUAGCAGUUAUCAUCUAAAAUGCUUAUGGUUGUGGGUCUUUUGUGUUCAUCAGAUGUCAUGUAACUCUUUAAUCAGACUAUGUGUGACAUCAGUGUUUUAAUACUGACAAAUCAUACCUGCGGAGCACUGCUCAUUUUCACAUGAAUAGGGACCAACCUUUGAACAUCUGAGUGUGGGUAGAGUUUCACUCUUUUCGUUUAAUAAGGUUUAGGUUAUUAAGUGAGCUCAUGAACAUGAAGACGGAAGGAUCUCACAGAGCAAAGGGGGCUCCGAAGCCACAUCUGUGUCUCCCACCCUGCUGUGUUUUACUCCCCAUUCUCUUCUAAGACAGCCAUGGACACUGGAAUUUCUCUUCCCCGGGAAGUGCCAUCGAAGCUAGAACUGCCCUUUUUCUCAAAGCAAGUCUUCAUGCUUAGAAAUAUUCAUCGUCCCCAUUCUGCCACCUCUCUGUCUUGGACCACAAAGAAAUUCUCUGAGGCACUUUGAUAGAUCACAAGACCUACUCCAGAAGGGUACUGCCCACACUGGGCACAAAGGCCAGGAAGCAUUCUGUAAUGGCUUUUUGCCAGUUGUAUCAUGUACUGCUGUCCGUUUAUCCUAGAACCUAAGUAUAAAUCAAUCUAAAGGCUCCUAUGUCCCAUAAAAUGAUGAUCAAAAACAUCUGUUAAGUUUUUCUCCUGUUAACUUGCCUUUGAGAAUGGGGUAUCAUUGUGAUACUAUGUAGUUGGCAGGAAGUGGGUCAGUCCCUUUCUUCCCCUGCAGUGGCCAGGGUCAUCUUUUUACAUGGCACAGUAAAUAUUUGUCCUGUACAAGAGCUUACACACUGUGGUUGAUAUGUAAACUUGAGACUAACCUCCAUGAUUAAUCUUAAACAAUUUACCCAACCUCUAUUCCUCAGUUUCUCUACCUCUAAUGAUGUAUAAACUGUUUAAAUCAGUGCUGAGCAUGUAAAGAGAUCAGUAAACAUUAACAGUUAUUGUUGCAUUUCAUUACAUCAGGAAGAACCCUGUUUUUUCAACUCAUCACUUGAACUGCUCGUGUAACUAAGACACUAAAAGGGAAGAAGCCUCAUUCUGCAUUGCCUAUGUGUUCAGGUACCGAGGUGGCUCCCUGGCACAGACAGUGCAAUGCUGAAGAUGCCUCCUGAUGCCAGAUCCUACCAAGCCUGCUGUCUUCAUUCUCUAAGAUCCUCCUUUACCUGUACAAUGAGGCAGAUGUCUGUCCCAUCCUUUCCUUCAAGGUAGAAGUUCUCAGAUCACUGCUUUACCUGCUGAGUCCUGACUUGGAAGCUUAGAUCUUAAAGACAUGCAUGGCAGGGAGGAUGGUAUAUCAAAGCUGCAGGAAAUGUUCACUGUAUUCUCAAGUUUCCCUCCUUAACAGGUCAAGUAGAGACAUGGGCAGAGACCUUUGGGUUGGCCCAUAUGUACUUUAAAAUCACCUGUUUUGUUCAAAAACAACUGAAUGAGGCUAACCUA